AUGACCGCUUCGGCUGUCGUCCGCAUUGCAAAUCUUUUGUCGCUUUUUGUAUUGGAACGGAAAGGCUGUGCGCCGCCAAACGCCCCCUAUGUGGUGUACACCGACGAUCGCGGACAGUUACUGGACACCCUCCCGGUGUGCCAAGAUUUUAAUCGACAAGGAUGUACCAGACCUACCUGCAGAUUCGUUCAUAUUCGUGAAGGGUGCGGGCUGCAGGUGGUGGGGUGCCGCGUAGUGGUGUGCCGCGACGCCGCCGCAGGCACUUGCCGCCGAGCCGCCUGUCGCUACUACCACAUCCCCGUACAACUGCCGCCAGCUCUACGCCCUCCUUAA